AUCAUACAUCCCCGACAAAGUCAAUCUCCAGAACGAAAGAAUCCAUCAACAAUCGUUGACAUCUAAACUUUCAGAAAUGUGUCCUCUGAGGUUCAUCUUGGUGUUUUUCUCGGCUGUGUUGGCCGGGUAUUUGGCUUGGACGACGGUGAGCUCCCUUCCUUCUGAAUCAGAGGAUUCAACUCAUGAAAAUAGUUCUACAUCUUCUCAGGGGAAACAUGAAUUGGGAUUUGUAAAGAUUAUUCAAAAUGGCUUCUGGGUGUUCAUUGACAUGGCGAGUGGGCGCUACCUUUGGAAGAACAUCAGACAACUGAAGAACGAAGAGAAGGCAAAAAUGCAAUAGAGUCCUGUAUUCAAAGGCAAUCUUCUUGACAUUUUUCUGAGAUCGUAUAGUAUUAUAGUACAUGUAAAUUUAUUUUUAUGGCACAAAAGUAAAUGUGAAUUCAUUCAUAUUUAUCUCCUCUUAGAAUCCUUGCCUUCAGUCAAUGAAAAUAUAAACAUGGAUAAUUCCAAUCCUUCAGUAA